UGACAUCUUUAACCUUGCACUUGAUAGUGAUAGCUCUGCUGGCUGUGGCAGCAGCGGCAGCAGCUGCAGUCGCCGUGGCAGCGGACGGUGAUGCGGCAACGCGCCCCGUUGUGCCGCGCGGCAGAGGCGCGACCAGCUAUGCGAGCGCCUCCUCGACGACCAGCACGCAGGCGCCAACGCUGCGAGCGCCGCGCCUACGGCGUCCGCCCACGACGCUGCCCAUCGACAGUGGGCAUGGGCGUCGCGGUGGCAGCGCCGCCAGCACCACGCCUCUGCCGCCAGCAACGGUGCGCCAGCAGCGACGUCGUGCCACAGCAACAACAACAACGACAGCAACAACAUCGACGACGACGAUGGCCCCAGCCUCAGCUGACAGCAAUGGGCGUGGUCGCAGCCGCAGCAGCGCCAGAGCCGCCCGCCAGCCACGUGACACGCCAACGCCCAGCGCAUCGGAGUCAUUCAGCCCGAGCAGCGCCGGCGGCUGGCCUCAGUCGCAUCAGACGCUCUCGUCGCUGUCCUCCAGGCCAGGCGCUGCCUCGCGCAGCGGCUCCAAUCCCAACAAAACGCCGCGCAUGAUCCAGCGCUUGGUGGCUGGCCACAUUCACAAUGCGCAGGGCCAUUCCACCUAUGAGGUGUCUGCGGUGAGUGCCAACAGCAGCAGGAGCAUUGCAAUAGCAACCACAGCGCCAACAACAACAACAACAACGACGACGACAACGACAACGACAACAACAACAACAACCCCCAGCCCAGUCACGAGAAAAUCAACAACAACAGCCUCAACGAAACGACGCAAGGCCAGCAGCACUUAUCGUCUGGCUAAGCCGUCGCCAUCGCCGUCGACGCCGCCAGAGCGGGAGCACGAUGACGACGAGGCGCUGCUCAGCGAACCGGAUGACUUCGACAACUGGGACAAUGGCAUACUGCGCUUGAGCGCCGGCUCCGGCAAGGAGGCGGAGACGGCCAGCGGCAAGGGUCAAGGCAAACAGGGCAAGGAGGACGCGAAGAAGACUCUGGCGGAUCAGGUGCGCGACGGGAAGUACGGCUUGAUUGAGAAGGAGCUCUUUCGUCGCGUGCCCAAGCGUCCGGGCGUGCUGAGCUACGCACGCAAUCCGGAGGUGCCACAGGACAACGAGCGCAACUUUGGCGGACUCAACGAGCAGGACAUUUGGCUGGCCGAGGAUCACUUGCUGGUGAUCAAGGGCGGCGGCCUGAAUGAGGCCGAGCUCAAUGGCGGCGACAGCGAGCCGUGGCCAGCCAUUGAUGAUUACGAUGCGCCGCCGCGACAAAUCAAACUGCCGCCGAAUCCGGUGGUGCCGCCUCCAUUUCCCGUGCAGCUCGAGCCGCAUGGGCCACUGCAAAUUAUCCGAGAUAAUCAAAUCGAGAGCCUCCAUACGCCAGCUGUCAAUGCAACGCUAUCCGCUGUGGGCCAGCACGCGGCCUACGGCCAGGGCCAUGGAGCUGCCCACGGCCAGGGGUCGCAUUCUGCUGCCCGGCCGGGAGCGUAUGCGUCGCCUAAGACAGCUGACCCGGAGCCCAGCUACGUCUACCCGACGCCCUACGCGCCCUGGCUGCUCUAUAACAACGAGACGCUGGCCGAGCAACCGCCGUCCCAUCCACAUCCCAGUCCGACUCCCAACGCGGUGCUAAGGAGUCCGCUGCUCGGGCCCUGGCUCAUCAAUGGACUCCAUUCGAAUGGCAGCGUCUCUGCUCCAGGCGCGCUGCACGCCAACAUCAGCGACUUUGACGAAGACGAUCCCUCGCUCUACUAUCCGCCCGCCUACAGCUUUGUCUACCGAAGCAACUACACGAAUCCGGUGCCGCCGGGGCCAUUGGUGCCCGGCAUUGUGCUACCUCCGCCGCCAGAUCACUUUACCCUCUUGGAGACGACGACCACUUCGACAACAACGCGGCGUCCGUAUAGCAGCACAACGAGCACUACACCUAGCACUACCAGCACCACCACCAGCAGCAGCACCACUAGCACAACCACCACGCGAGCUCCGUCACGCCUGUCGGUCAAGUACAAUGCCAUCGGAUAUCUGCCGCCCGCACCACGCCACCAGCAACAGCCUCAACAGCAGCAGCAGCAGCAGCAGCAGCCGCAGCCGCAGCCGCAGCCGCCGAACAAGUACGUGGAGCGCGUGCCGGUGCCGGUAGCGGUGCCCAUACCCAUUUACCCCAUCAACUAUCAGCCGACCACACCACGCCCACAGCCACCCGCCCAGCUGGUGUUUGUGCCGAGCACAGAGCGGUCCAAUGAGAGGCAGGCGCCGUUGUCGAAAUCGAACCCCAUAUACUAUGAGUACUUCGAGGCCAAGCGCCAGCCAUCCUCCCUCAAGUCGAAUGUGAUCAAUGACUUCCUGGCCACGAAGCCGCCCAAGCGACCGCACUACAAAUCUCCGCCGAGUCCCGUGAACGAUGUGGCCGUGGUUAGCAUUACGCCCAAGCCACGCGUCCAACUGCACUCGGAGUACGAUGCGACGCUCGGCCAGCUGCUCAGAAGCAACCUCAUUGCCGCACCAGCGACGUCCCGCUUCCAGCCGCCCGACUUCGACAGGCAGCCCUUCCUGCCCAUGGUCAACUACAGCGUCGACGAGCACGACCAGAACGCCUUCAAGGCCAUCGUCUACCAGCCACAGCCGCAACGUCAGCGUCAGCUGCGUGUGGGCAAGCACCAGCAGCUGCAGCUACAGCUGGAGCCGACCACACAGCCGGGCCAGGAGCAGGACUCCUCCUACCUGCCAGACUCGCUCCUGCUGCAGCGGCAGCGUCAGCUGAGAGUCGGCAAGCAGCAGCUACAGCUGCAGCUGCAGUCGCCAUCGCCGUCACCCUUGCCCUACGACAGCCAGCAGGGCGUGUACAGCACGCCCCUGCCGCCAGCCUACUUGGACAAUCAGCUGCAGCCGCGUCCGGCCAAGUACCAGCUGCGUCCGCCCUCACCGGCUCCACUGCAGUACUGGCAGCGUCCCGCUCCUCCGCCCCCGCCGCCGCCUCCGCCACAGUUCAAGCGUUUGCGCCAUGGCAGCGCGAAGCAUCCAUAUCCGCCGUACUUUGUGCCCAGCUAUCCGAGCGGCCCCGGACCGGAGCCCCUCUACCGCCUGCUGCCCGUGCCGCAGCACAAGCACUGGCGCCAGAGCAACAAGCACCAGCACCAGCAGCAGCAGCAACAGAUUCAAGUCCAGCCACAGCAGCAACAGCCGUACUAUCCGGACCGUAACGUCAAUAUUGGUCACAGCCUGGCCAGCGACAUCUUGGUCAACUACAACACCAACAAUCAGUUCAAUCCGCAGGCGGAGCUGGUGCCCCAGGCGCAGCUGGGCCCGCCUCCGCUCUCCUACCAGGCUCAGAACGGGGGCCAGGCCUCGCUGUGGUCCGACCGGCCCGUGCGACAGGCGCGCGCCCAGCUGCAGGAGCAGGCCUAGGCCCAGGCGGUGGACCCGAAAGCUUGCUGUUCAAAUGUGAUCUAAAGUGAAACCCGUUGGUGGGGGCCAAGUUGAGCCAGUUCACAGUCGAGGGAACUAGUAGAUGAAAUAGUCAAUGAUUCAUUCACACACAGUCUCAGUCUCAGUUUGAGUUGCUCCGACUCCGAUUUUGGCUCCGAUUCCCCAAAACUUUAUUCAAAUCAACAACAAAUCGAUAGCAUACGUUACAUAACCCAGCCCUGGCAGCCAACAACAACUCAGCUUGAUGUUGAAUAUUUUGAAUACAGUUGGUCACAUCUGUCUCUUAUUUAGCUAUCCAAUAAAAUAGGCAAGAAAGUUUGUGUGCUUCACAAGCUAUGCGCAUGCAGAGUAAGCUAUACAUAUAUUUUAAUAUACCA